GACUUUUAUUAAAUAUAAAUCUGUAGAGGAGAGAGAGCACUGAGUGCAGUGGAAAGAUUGGAAAUGGAGGAUGUAGUUGUUAGCAUCUUGGAAACAUUAACCAAAGCACUUGUACGGGAAGCGAUUUUCCAGUACGGAAUAGGGGACCAAGUAGAUGGGCUCACGGUUGAGCUAAGGCGGAUGAAGGCAUUCCUCAGAGACGCAGAUCGAAUAAGAGACAGUGGUCACAUAACAGAAAAUUUGGUGCAAGAAAUAGGAGAUCUUGCAUGCAAAGCUGAGGACAUCGUCGAAACGUUUGUCCUUCAGGCUUUGCAACGAAAGAGAAGGGGAUUUAUGGGUCGCUUGACUAAUUAUGCCGGUUUGAUUUUGCAGCUGAGAGGACGCCACGAGGUGGGCAGGAGGAUUGAAGGUAUCAGCAAUCAGCUCGGUGCUAUUGCAAGGGGGAAGGUUGUCUAUGAUCUACCACAGAGAAGCCACGGGGGCGAAACCGCAAGUUCUAGAGUCCAAAGGCUGAGAGAGAUGAGGAGAACAUCACCUCUAGAAGUGGAAAGGGAUUUAGUAGGUAUUGAAGAAAAGGCGAACUCUCUAAAGCAGUCAUUGAUGGAUGGGGAGGGAGAGUUCAGCGUGGUUUCUGUGGUUGGGAUGGGUGGAGUUGGCAAGACAACUCUCAUCAAGAAAGUCUAUAAUGAAGAUGGUAUUAAGCUACAUUUCAAUUAUUUUGAUUGGGUUUGCGUAUCUCAAACUUACAGCAUGAUUGAGCUGCUUUGUGACAUGAUCAUUAAGGUUGUUGGGUCAACUGUGGACAUACAAAACAAGAGUGAACAAUUGUUGAAGGAGGAUCUGCAUAAAAAUUUGAGCAGAAGGAGGUAUUUAAUAGUAUUGGAUGAUAUGUGGGAUAUCAGUGCUUGGGUUUGUAUAAGAGAAGCGCUGCCAGAUGUGAAGAAUGGCAGUAGGGUUGUAAUAACAACCAGGAAUGAGGAUUUGGCUAAAAUGGUGGAGAGGAACACCAUCCACGUUCUCAAACCAUUGCCAUACAAAGAGAGCUGGGAGUUGUUGUGCAAAAAGGCUUUUGUGAAGAACAAUGGAAGUUGUCCUGAAUAUUUGAGAGAAACCGGCCAUGGCAUUGUGGAAAGGUGUGGAGGGUUACCAUUGGCACUGGUAGUAAUUGGUGGUCUACUGUCCACGAAGCUAGUGUCCGAGGAUAUAAAGAGAGCAUCAGAAUGGAAGAAAACGCUUGAUGGGUUCAGCCAUUAUCAAGACAGAGGUGAGGUCAGAAUCUCUGAGAUACUAUCAUUGAGUUAUUUCGAUUUACCGAACUACCUCAAGCCAUGUUUUUUAUAUUUGUCUGCUUACCCUGAAGAUUUCAAAAUUAGCCGAACAAAAAUAGUACAAUUAUGGGUGUCUGAGGGGUUUAUUGAAAAGAGGGGAGAUGAGAUAUUGGAGGAUGUGGCGGAGGACUACCUCGAAGAAUUGGCAAGCCGGAGUAUGAUACAAGUGGAAAGCGUGAGUUUGACUGGACGCAUCAAAUCUUGCGUUGUGCAUGAUCUUAUGCGUGACAUGUGCUUAAAAAAAGCAGGGGAGCACAACUUCUUGGGGUUGGUUGCCGGUGAAGAUAGCAUGCCCUCUCAAAAGACUCGACGCCUUGCCUUUCAUCAAGGUAUGGAUGUCCACGUCGUUUCAAAUCCUUCAAAAAUUCGUUCAUUCCUUUUCUUUUCACAAUCGAUGCGCCCAUCUGUCUCCAAAAGCUGUCUACACUAUGCUAAGCUAGUUCGGGUAUUGUUGCUUGAGAACAUUGUUCUUAAAUGUCCACUAAAUGAAGUGGGAAGUUUGGUUCUUCUCAGAUGCUUGAGUUUUCGAGGAAGCAGCAUUCGUGGUGAGAUUCCAAAGUCCAUAAGAGCUCUUCAACAUUUGGAAGUGUUUGACAUGAGGCCUGGACAUUUUACUUAUGAUACGAUUUGUAAAAGCUUAAAAUCAAGUUGGAGCCUAGAGUUACCCAGCCUGAGACACUUUUACGCAAAUGCGCUGCUUGAAUCCGUGCAACCGAUGCAUUUGAAGGCAGGGACUUCGAGAAGCCUCCAAACGUUGUGGGGUGUGUGGUCUGGCAUCAUACGAGAGCCAUUGAGCAAUUUCUCUCAACUCAGGAAAGUUGGUAUUAAAGAUGAGGAUGGUGAGAUCAACGAAAUCUACGGGUCGAUUGGGGACGUACAAUGCCUGCGUUUUCUAUCUCUGUGGUCAAAUGUUGGAGUAGUGCACAAUUUGGAAGCAGUUUCAAGGCCACCCUUGGCUCUUGAGAAAUUGUUGUUACGUGGGAAGUUAGGGAGGGUGCCAAGCUGGUUUGGGAGGCUCCCAAACCUGACCAAGUUGUUAUUAUGGUGGAGUGAAUUGGAUGAGGAGGGGUUCUCAAAGCUCCAAGAGUUGCCGCAACUCAAAUUCCUGGAGUUACGAUAUCGUGCAUAUGUGGGGAAGGAGAUGCAUUGCAUUGUUGGGGGCUUUCCUCGACUGCAACACUUGGAAAUUUGGGGUUUAGAAGAAUUAGAAGAGUGGAGGAGAUUGGAGGAAGGAUCCAUGGCAUGCCUUCAAUUUCUACAGAUUUACCGGUGUGGCAAAUUGAGGAUGCUUCCACAAGGGUUGGAGCACGUUCCCACCCUCCAACGAGUGAAAUGUAGUGGUUUUGGAGAUGAAUUUAGCGGGAGAGUGUUAGAUGAUGCACCCCAUCAUCUUUGGCGCAAAACCAUAAGUGAUGAUCAUAGUCGAGAGUGGAAACGUGUAGCCCUUUGAUUCCUAUUUCCUUCGAUUCCAUCCUGCCUAGUGUUAUAUGCAAGCAAGUAAUUUCCAUGUCUUUUGAGUGUGGUGUCAGUUUUUCUACUGUAAUUUGGCGUGAUAACAAAGUUGGACGCAUCAAAUUUCUUAACCAGGCCGGCCCUCGAUACUUUAAAUCAGUAUUUUGUGUCCUCAGCUUACUUUUGCCAUGGGAAAGUCUCUAUCCACAUCAUGUAGGUACAGGAAGCGUGUACAACAACACUUCCCAUGGUUCAGAUACAUACGCCCACAUUCAACAGUAAAAAAAACGUUCCUAUUUUUAAAAAAUAGUUAUUUAAAAUUUGGUUUAUUUAUGUAUAUUUAAUGGUGCACCAAAUAAUAAUAAAACUUAUUCUUGACAAAUGAGUUGGCCAAUAUACCCCUCAAUUGUUUUGGGGGGUUUUAGGUCAACUUUUUAUG